ACGAUACCUUAAUUGAAAUUCUAAAGCGUCCUUAACCACUGAAAAAUUUCGUCCUCAAUCUUCAGAUUCUUGCUUUUACUUGCAGAAUCUCUGUCUCUCUCUUUCUCUCUCUCAACCAAAGCUACAACAAAUGGUUACUUCGAAUCUCAUUAAUAACCCAUCCUCCACCUCCACUGUCACUUUCUCCAAAUCCAACCAUCAAUACUCCAUAAAUGCUUCUUCACUUCUCAACAACAGAGCUCUACACCACCUAUCUGCUCUUCCCACCAAAGUCUCCACCUUUUCCAAAUUCCAUGGCUACCCACUUGGCCUUUCUUCAACUCACACCUCACAGGUCCAUGAUUCAAGCUCCAAGUUCAGCCAUUUGAGCACAGUUUAUGCGUUCACACCUGGGUUCUCACCAAAACCCAUAUCCCGUAUCUCCAGAGCAGCAACAGAUCCAGAAGCCAAUCCUGAAGCUGAAAGUUCUGUUCCAGAACCCAACACCAAGUCCAAGUCCAAGUCCAAUACCCUCCAGCUUGCAAUUGUGUUUGGUUUUUGGUACUUCCAGAACAUUGUCUUCAACAUAUACAACAAAAAAGUACUAAAUCUCUUCCCAUUCCCAUGGCUCCUUGCUUCUUUUCAGCUCUUUGUUGGGUCUAUUUGGAUGUUCAUUCUCUGGUCUUUAAAGCUCCAACCUUGCCCAAAGAUUUCAAAGCCAUUCAUCAUUGCAUUACUUGGACCUGCAUUGUUCCACACCAUAGGCCACAUCUCAGCCUGUGUUUCAUUCUCAAAGGUUGCUGUUUCUUUCACUCAUGUCAUCAAAUCCUCGGAGCCUGUCUUCUCUGUUGUGUUCUCUUCCUUCCUUGGGGAUACAUACCCUUUACAGGUCUGGCUUUCAAUUCUUCCUAUUGUCCUUGGUUGCUCAUUAGCUGCUGUUACUGAAGUGUCUUUCAAUUUCCAAGGCUUGUGGGGUGCUUUGAUUAGCAAUGUUGGCUUUGUAUUGAGGAACAUUUACUCAAAACGCAGUUUGCAAAGUUUCAAGGAGGUUAAUGGGUUGAAUUUGUAUGGUUGGAUAAGUAUUAUUUCAUUGCUGUAUCUAUUUCCUGUGGCAAUCUUUGUUGAAGGGUCUCAAUGGAUUCAAGGGUAUCACAAAGCUAUUCAAGCUGUAGGCAAACCAUCCACAUUGUAUAUUUGGGUGUUGCUAUCUGGGGUGUUUUACCAUCUCUAUAACCAAUCGUCUUACCAAGCACUUGAUGAGAUUAGCCCUUUGACAUUCUCUGUUGGAAAUACAAUGAAGAGGGUGGUGGUGAUUAUAUCUACUAUUUUGGUGUUUAGGAAUCCGGUUAGACCUCUUAAUGCACUUGGAUCAGCCAUUGCGAUUUUGGGGACGUUUUUAUAUUCUCAGGCAUCAGCUUCAAAGAAAAACGGGAGUGAAAAGAAGGAUUAAAAGGAAUUCAGAUGGUCUGCUCAAAGUUUCUGAUUCUUUUUUGUCUUGACAACAUUUGAGCUACUCUUCUAGUUUCUGUUGUCCAAGUUUCCAAGAACUAUGAAAUUUUAAUAAUGUCUCUAGUUUCUCUUCCA